AUGCAAACUCUUCUGAAGUCAGACGAACACAACAACACCGUGCUGAAGGCCCUGGCAGACGAAGGAAUCAACUGGAAUUUCAUUCCCCCCCAUGCACCACACUGGGGUGGCAAAUGGGAAUCAGCUGUGCGCUCUGUCAAACUGCAUCUUCAUAGAGUCAUUGGCAAGAAUGUCCUCACCUUUGAGAAAAUGCACACACUUCUCGCCCAAAUAGAAGCUGUGGUCAACUCACGUCCACUAUUCUCAACUUCGGACACUGAGGUCAACUAUCUGUCGCCAGCACACUUCCUCAUUGGUCGUCCCUACACGACAGUACCAGAAGGCGAUCUAUCAACUGUACCAAUCAACCGUUUGGAUUAUUGGCAACAGACUCAAGCUAUGCUGCAAGGCUUCUGGAAACAAUGGCACAUGGAAUAUCUUACAUCCCUCCAGCAUCGGCCAAAGUGGAUGAACAAAUCGGUCAACAUGGCCAAAGAUGACAUCGUGCUCCUUAAGGAUUCUCACACCCCGCCAGCAGCAUGGGAGCAGCUCUCGGAAGAGUCAUCGAAACGUAUCCAGGGAAGGAUGGAAUGGUCCGCGCUGUACGACUUAGGACUCCAACUGGAGAAACCACCCGUCCAAUUGUGA